AUGUCCUCCGGCUACUACCGCUGCAAAUUCCCUGUGCUGGCACUGGGUCCUUUUUCUUCAUUGCUAGUCUUUCUGUUCCAGAGCUGCCAGACUGGAGUAACUCAAUGGAUAGCAGCAUGCAGUGGAUUAUUACAGACAACCACAGUCCAAGGCCAAUGUAGACAGAUGCUCUACGGUAUUUUCCAGAGACACAAGGCUGGCCAGUUCCGACUGUCUAAAUCCUGUGGUGGAUUGAUUCCAGCCAAUGGAGCCAUUACACAGCAAAACAGAUCGUUUUACACUACAAAUAAGCAUCUUUCUGCAAAAGAUUCCUUGCAGCCAUCUGAAGAGAAAGUGGGUGCUUUCACAAGGAUAAUAGAAGCAAUGGGUUUUACAGGACCGCUGAAGUAUAGCAGAUGGAAAAUUAAGGUAGCGGCUUUGCGCAUGUACACAUGCUGUGUGGAGAAAACUGACUACGAGGAAUUUUUUAACAGGUGCCAAAUGCCUGACACUUUGAAUUCAUGGUUUCUUGUAGCCCAGCUUCAUGUCUGGAUGUGUCUGGUACGAAUGAAGCAGGAGGGUCGCACAGGAAAAUACAUGUGUCGCUAUAUAGUUCAUUGCAUGUGGGAGGAUGUUGAACAGCGUGGUAAGGUGAUGGGGAUUAAUUCUGUUGUUCUAAAGGAAGAUUUGAGAAGUAUGGUAGAAAAUUUCUAUGCAGCUCUAUUUGGAUACGAUGAGGGAAUCUUGUCUGAUGAUCAUGUUCUGGCAGCAGCUCUUUGGAGAAACCUUUUUAACAGGAACUGCGAGGACCCUCGGCAUCUGGAGUUACUCGUAGAGUACGUGCGCAAGCAGGUGCAGCACUUGGACGCGCUGAGCGGGGAGGACCUGCUGCUGACGGGCGAGGUGAGCUGGCGGCCGCUGGUGGAGAGCAACGCCCGCAGCAUCCUCAAGCCCCAUUCCCCUGUUUACAAUGACGAAGGACUCUGA